AUGUUAGACGAGUCUACAGAUGUCCCAGUUCACCAGAAUCUCAUAGUCUAUGUUAGGUUUUUAGAACAGAUAGGUAGUAGGGUAGUUCCAUCUGUAGACUUUCUAGGCAUUAGGCAGUUGUCAGUCGCAAAUGCAGAGGCAAUUUCUUCAGAGUUGAUAGGUUUGCUUAAGGAUAAGGGAUUAGACUUGGAUAGGUUAGCUGGUGUUUCAACAGAUGGGGCUUCUGUGAUGGUAGGGUGUAAGAGUGGAGUAGUUACUAGGCUUAGAGAAAUGUAUCCAGGUAUCUUAGCAACCCAUUGUAUAGCACAUAGGUUAGCACUUGCAUGUGGGGAGGCAGCUGAUAAGGUCACUUACUUAGUUAAGUUUCAGGCAGUUCUGAAUGAUUUGUAUAAGUAUUUUGAGAGAUCUCCUAAGAACAUGGCUAGGUUAGAGAAGGUUCAAGGAAUCUUAGAUUGUAGCAGGGGCACUAGGCUCAAGCAAGUUUCCCACACUAGGUGGUUAAGUUUUGAGGGUAGUGUUCAGGCAGUAGUAGACAAUUAUCAGAGUGUAGUUGCAGUCAUGUUAGAGGAAAGUUCUGCUAAGGCAUUAGCUCUCCACAAGCCCAUUUCUUGUUACAAGUUUCUGUAUGUUGCACACUUCUUAGCUGACGCUUUGAAGCCAUUAGCUGUGUUGUCAAGGUCAUAUCAAAGGUCAGAUCUAGAUUUUACUGAGGUCAAUUGCCUUCUGCAUUCAACUGUCAAGGUCUUGGACAAUUUGAUUGGCAACCCUGGUGGUAACUUGUCUGCCUUUCUGCAGCAUGCUCCAUCUGAGCCAACUCUUGAUGAAUCAGGUCUUUACACAUUUGAGUUUCAAGGUCACAUAGUAAGGGAUAGUCUAGGACAAAGGUCAGAGGCAGUUAGGGCAUGUAGCACUUUUAUAGAGGGUGUUAAGGCUAGUUUGCAGUCUAGGUUUACUGAUAGGGGUGAUGCUUUGGUUUUGUCAGCUUUGAGUAGGUUUUUUGAUCCUCAGACAGUUGUUGAUAGGACUCCUCCUUCUGAGGACAUAGAUAUCAUAGCAAACCAUCUUUCAGUAUGUAAGGUAGCCAAGGUCAGAGAUUGUAAGGAUGAGUUAGGGAGUUUUGUAGAGUUCUGCAGGGCUAAGGUAGACUCAAAUUCUAGGGUAGGGUCUAGCAGCUUAGAUAUUUGUCAGGUAGCAUUUAGGGCUAGGGCAAUGUUUCCCAUCGUGGCAGCUGCUGCUGAACGCCUGCUCACUGCUCCUGUCAGCACUGCAAACUGUGAACGAGGUUUCAGCCGGCAGAACCUAAUCAAGACCGAU